UCGCGUGUUCUGAUUGGCGGAGAGGUAGGACGAGCCCCUCCCCCCGGGAGAGGGGCGCCCGGGGACUAGGUCCGGAACCGCUCCCGCGUCUGCUCCCGGGGCUGGCGGAGGCAGGAUUGUCAGGAGCCAUGCUGUCAGAAGUCCUGCUGGUGUCUGCUCCAGGGAAAGUCAUCCUUCACGGAGAGCAUGCCGUGGUCCACGGCAAGGUGGCACUGGCUGCGGCCUUGAACUUGAGAACAUUCCUCCGGCUUCAGCCCCACAGCAAUGGGAAAGUGUGCCUCAACUUACCAAACAUUGGCGUCAAGCAGGCCUGGGAUGUGGCCAGGCUUCAGCUGCAGGACACAAGCUUUCUGGAGCAAGGUGACGCCACAGCGCCCACUGCAGAGCAAGUGGGGAGGCUGAAGGAGGUGGCGGGCUUCCCCGAGGACAGCACCAACCCCGAGCACCUGGCUGUGCUGGCCUUCCUCUACUUGUACUUGUCCAUCUGCCGGAAGCAGAGGGCCCUGCCCAGCCUGGACAUCAUGGUGUGGUCACAGCUGCCCACCGGGGCUGGCCUGGGUUCCAGCGCCGCCUACUGUGUGUGUAUGGCCGCCGCUCUCCUGACUGCAUGUGAGGAGAUCCCAAACCCGCAGAAGGACGGGGUGUCUGCCAGCAGGUGGACCGUGGAGGAUUUGGAAUUAAUUAACAAGUGGGCCUUCCAGGGGGAGAGAGUGAUUCAUGGAAACCCCUCCGGAGUGGACAACGCUGUCAGCAGCUGGGGAGGAGUGCUCCGGUUCCAACAAGGAAGGAUCGCCUCCCUAAAGAGGCCACCGGCUCUGAAGAUCCUGCUGACCAACACCAAAGUCCCUCACAGCACCAAGGCUCUGGUGGCCAAUGUCAGGAGCAGGCUGCUUAAGUUCCCGGAGAUCGUGACGCCCCUGCUGGCCUCCAUCAACGCGAUUUCGCUGGAGUGCGAGCGGAUGCUGGGGGAGAUGGCAGCGACCCCAGCCCUGGAGCACUACCUCGUGCUGGAAGAGCUCAUCGACAUGAACCAGCACCAUCUGAAUGCCCUUGGCGUGGGCCAUGCCUCGCUGGACCAGCUCUGCCAGGUGACCAUGGCCCAUGGACUGCACAGCAAGCUCACUGGCGCAGGCGGCGGUGGCUGUGGCAUCACGCUCCUCAGGCCAGAUCUGGAGCAGCCGGAGGUAGAGGCCACGAAGCAGGCUCUGACUGACUGCGGGUUUGACUGCUGGGAAACCAGCAUCGGGGCCCCCGGCAUCUCCGUCCACUCGGCCGCCUCCCUGGACGCCCCCGUGCGCCAAGCCCUGGUUGGUCUCUGAGAUGAGCCCGCGCCGCUGCAGCCCCACCAAGAAGCGCCUUCCUGGGGUAUUCAGUUGGCUUCGGGGCUGGCCAGUGGGCCCCCAGCCCCUGUGCGCCGGCCUUCCCAGCGGCCGCACCCCUCCAGUCCCAGUGGUGCGAUAUGGAACCUGCAGUGGGCUGGGGACCCCGGAAGACCCGGUCUGUGUCCUGCCUUCUCU